AAGUACUCUCGUGGUGAGCGGGAGAAUACUCACAGUUCACCAAUAGGAGCUCCAUAUUGGCGAUCUCUCCGCCCUGGAGGCGGGCUCUGAGGGUGGCUUCCGGCGUGACCUCGCAGGUUUGCGCUCCUUCCAACAUGCAGGGCAGCACGAGAAGAGCGGGAGCCAUGACAGAUGUGCAUCGGCGCUUCCUCCAGCUGCUGAUGACUCAUGGCGUGCUGGAGGAGUGGGAGGUUAGGCGCCUGCAGAACCACUGCUACAAAGUCCACGACCGAAAUGCUACUGUAGAUAAGCUGGAGGACUUCAUCAACAAUAUCAACAGUGUCCUGGAGUCUCUGUAUAUUGAGAUAAAGAAAGGCAUCACAGAGGAUGACGGGAGACCCAUUUAUGCACUGGUGAAUCUUGCUACAACUUCAGUUUCCAAAAUGGCCACGGAUUUUGCAGAGAACGAGUUGGAUCUGUUUAGAAAGGCUUUGGAACUGAUCGUUGACUCAGAAACUGGCUUUGCUUCUUCGACAAACAUUUUGAACCUAGUUGACCAACUCAAAGGUAAAAAGAUGAGGAAGAAGGAAGCGGAGCAGGUGCUGCAGAAGUUUGUGCAGAGCAAGUGGCUGAUUGAGAAGGAGGGGGAGUUCACCUUGCAUGGCCGGGCUAUCUUGGAGAUGGAGCAGUUUAUCCGAGAGAGCUACCCAGAUGCCGUGAAGAUGUGUAACAUCUGCCACAGCCUCCUUAUCCAGGGUCAAAGCUGCGAGACGUGUGGAAUUAGGAUGCAUUUGCCUUGUGUGGCCAAGUACUUCCAGUCUACCGCUGAGCCACGCUGUCCCCACUGUAAUGACUACUGGCCCCACGACAUACCAGAAGUCUUCGACCCUGAGAAGGAGAGGGAGGCUGGCAUCUCCAAGUCGAGCAGAAAGUCCUUGCGGACCCGGCAGCACUAGCUUUGUCCUGCAUCGUUCUGGCUUUUGGUGGGCUGACUCUCACAGCCCAUUUAGAACUGCUGGACUUCCCUUGUUGGUAUCUGCUCUUAACAUGUUUUUAGUAAAUGUUUCCCAAUGCCGCUGU